CGGCGCUCGGGGCCUCGCCCGCACGGUCUCAACCCUGGUGAAGCCGCAAGCCCAGUUCUCAGCGGACUUAAGGGGAAGUUAGUCUGGACCUCGUGACCCAGCUGUCCCAUGUCUCGGCGCAGAUUGCUUCGCUACCUCCUCAUGGCAGCACCAAGCUCGCUGCUGCUAGCUGCGCUGCUGUGGGUCCCUGCCGAAGCCCUGAGCUGCUAUGGGGACUCCGGGCGGCCUGUAGACUGGUUUAUGAUAUACAAGCUGCCAGCUCACGCCACAUCUGGGGAUAAGGCAGGGAAGGGUCUGAAGUAUAAAUACAUGGACCAGAACUCCGAGGGUUGGCGAGAUGGUGUAGGGUACAUCAACAGCUCGGAGGGAGCCCUGGGCCGCAGCCUGCUGCCGUUGUACCGACAGAACUCCAGCCAGGUGGCCUUUCUGUUCUACAACGACCAGCCUCCUACAUACUACCCACUUUGGGACUCUGUCACCCAUGGACAUACGAAGGGUGUUCUGCUCUUGGACCAAAAAGGGGGCUUUUGGCUGGUCCACAGUGUGCCUCGCUUCCCACCCCCUGUGUCUUCCGGUGCCUACAGCUGGCCUUCUAGUGCUCGAAAAAACGGCCAGACCCUUCUGUGUGUGUCCUUCCCAUUCACUCAGUUCCUAAAGAUUGGCAAGCAGCUAACCUAUACCUACCCCCUAGUCUAUGACCACAGGCUGGAAGGUAUCUUUGCUCAGAAAUUCCCUGAUCUAGAGGAGGUGGUCAAGGGCCACCAUGUCCUCCACGAACCCUGGAAUAGUAGCGUAGUCCUCACUUCUCAAGCCGGGGCCACCUUCCAGAGCUUUGCCAAAUUUGGAAAAUUUGGACAAGACCUGUAUUCUGGCUGGCUGGCAGCAGCCCUUGGCACCAACCUACUGGUCGAGUUCUGGCCAAACGCUCCAGGCACCCUGCCUUCUGACUGCUCGGGGACCCAUCAAAUUCUGGAUGUGACGGAGAUAGCCUUUCCUGGCCCAUCUGGACCAAGUUUCAAAGCCACAGAGGAUCACUCCAAGUGGUGUGUGGCCCCUGUAGGGCCCUGGGUCUGUGUGGGUGACAUGAAUAGGAACAUAGCAGAGAGGCACCGGGGCGGGGGCAUAGUGUGCACCCAGCUGCCUUCCCUUUGGAAGGCCUUCCAGUCCCUGGUGAAAGCCUGGCGGCCCUGUAGAAAGAACCGCUGACUGAAAGCCCAGCAGAGCAAAGGAUCCCAGCACUCAGGAGGCAGAGGCAGGCAGAUCUCUGUGAGUUCGAGGCCAGCCUGGUCUACAAAGGGAGUCUAGAACAGCCAAGGCUAACACAGAGAAACCCUGUCUUGAAGAAAAAAAUCCUAGCACUUGGCAGG